AUGGCUCCCCCAGAGGCAGAAAAGCCAGUUGAUCACACUCUCAACCGCCGCCCUUCCGUCAGCAAGGGUGAAAAUACAGAGAUCAGUAAUGAUGCUGCGAGACUAAUGGCAAUGGGCUACCAGCCCCAGAUGAGGAGAGACAUCAGCACUCUUCAGCUGAUUGGGGUGGCUUUCAUGGUUACAGCAUCCUGGCUUGGAGUAUUGGGUGGUUUUACAACUGGAGUAGUGGUCGGAGGAUCAGUUUGCCUCAUCUAUGGUCUGAUCAUUGUCGGUGUCUUUAGCACUUUUUUUGCUAUCACCCUUGGAGAAUUGGCGAGCGCUAUGCCUACAGCUGGAGGCCAGUACUACUGGGUUUCCGUCCUUGCCCCCAAGAAGCUCUCUCGCCCCUCGGCCUUCUUUACCGGUCUCUGCAACCUGGCCGGCGGUGUCGUGGCCACUGCUGGCUCUAGUGUUUUGCUUGGCAACAUGGUCUACCCCUAUCUUUCGAGGCUUAUCGUCAGUAUGAGCGAGAUCCAUGCCUGGCAGAAUUGGCUGAUCGGCCUUGCGUUCAACUGGACCGCAUGUUCAGUCAAUAUGAGCAAGAAGACCGUCGCCAGGACCCUGUCUGUAGGCAUGUUCAUCAGUAUUGCCGUUGUUAUCGGUCUCGUUAUUUCCAUCCCAGCCACCAGUCCCAAACAUACCGACGCGAAGUUUAUCUUCACAAGCAACGAGAAUGUCAGUGGCUGGAGCUCGGAUGUCAUGGCCUUCCUUGUUGACCUGAUCAACGCCAGCUAUAGUUUUGGUAUCAUUGAUACCGCAGUGCACUUGGCCGAAGACAUUACCAACCCUGAGAAUAAGGCUAAUCUCUUAAGGUAA